AGGUGAGGCUUUGAAUUGUCACUUUCCCCGUGCACCCCGUCACUCGGAUAGCGUAACGGCUCGGCCAUGGCUCCCCCGCCCUUGGACGUGGCGAGCCCUCGUCUCGCUGGUGGCGGACUGCGGGGCGCGCUGAGUGCACCUGGAGGGAGCACGCUGGUGGGCCGCGCCCCGGCGCCCACCGCGGGAGCCACGCUGCCGCAUGCGAUGCGCGCCUGGCUGGAGCGCUGUGCGAGCAGCCCGCACGCUGGCGAGGCUGGCCAGUCCGCUGCGGCCGCAGCGCCGGUGCUGUCGGCUGCGCGGCCGCUGGCGGGCCUGGCGCUGCCGCUGGGGGCGGCGAUCGCCGUUGCGCGCGCCGCGCGGUGGCAGUCGGUGCCUCCUCCUAUGGUUGGCGUUGGACCUUGUCGAUUUGCUCCCAACCAUCCUGUGGUGUUGGGUCCUCGUUUUGAAGAGACGUCGCC